UGCAACAUUUCAAUUUUCUAUUUUGUCUGUUCGAGAGACGGAGCAGGAGAAAACAGAUUUGUGUUACGAUGUUGAAAUAUGUUGGUGUUUGGAUGAUGACACUGUGUGUAGUACGACUUAAUGGAACGUUUUCAAAUCUUGCUUUUCAAAAACCUGCCACCAUGAGUACAGUGUUUGAUGCUAACACCACGCCAUCUUGUGCAGUGGACGGAAACAACGGGACCGAAUGGUUUUCGGACUUCGGCUCUUUAACGAAAUAUGGCGACAUGGAUCCGUGGUGGAUGGUGGAUCUGCGUGGGUACUUCCACAUACAUGACGUCAUCAUCACGAACUGUGACCACUACCGUUUGUGGCAGCAUCUACACAGCUUCACCAUUGACAUGUUCACGGAGAAUCCAAUAGGCUGUGCACGCGCCACCCAAGUCCAGUGUUACAACCGCACCGACCCAGUGGGGCUUGGUGAGACUGUACAGUUUAAAUGUCGCUCGCCCGUGACUGGUCGGUUCGUCCGUAUUAAGAAGUGGAGAAUGGUGGACACAUAUGAUGUACUGCCACUGUGUGAAGUUCAGGUUCUUGGCACAAGGGCGACAGGUUGUGCCUUCACUCGCCGUUUUCACCGUGUACGAGAGACGCGACUGAACUCGGCAUAUGACAACAUUUCCGGCGUUGCUGACGUCAUGAAUUGUGCGAGCAGAUGCGGCCAUGGCGAUUGUUUGGCGUUCAACUACAACCAGAACAGUCAACAAUGUCAGCUCAUUUCAGCUCCGACGUUUAAAGAUUCAACAACGAUGACGUCAUCGUGGGAUUACUACGGAGUGGAUCUUUGUUGAUCUGUUGAACUGAUAUUUUGUUGUUGUUUGAGACUGUCUUGUGAUUACCGCCAUUUCCGACUAACAGAGUGCUAUUAAAUAUUAACAUUAUAUAUUAAAUACAUUUAUUAUCCACAUGGUUCAACAUAACCAGGUUAAUAAUAAUCAUACCAAGCACACAUGUAAUACCAAGUGUAAUGACGUAAUUUUGGGAAGCGACGUCAUACAUUGACUUAGAAGCGAACCAAAGGCAAAUUGUAUUGUAGUCUGUGCUUUGAACAUGAUUUAGUGUAAU